CAAAUCCCUUCUAUACUCUCACUUGAGUAAUUUCUUAGAUGGUUACUUUUUACUUUACCUCAUCAGUAAAUGGUUGAUAAUUUAUCUGCAUUCUGACACUAAUAUAAAUCAAAGGAAAUCCCAUUAUUCAGCUGUGGCCUACUAUGUUGUUGUCUAGUAAUGCAAACAGGUUAGGUGACAUCAAACUGAACCGACUGGGUCAUUAUUAGCCUGGUAAACACCAGCUCCUUGUUCUAAGCUCCACUUCAUGCGAAGGCUGUCGGCCAUUGAUUAACAUUUGCUUCCUGGUGGCUUGGACUGAAGUUUUAAACUUUACCCAGUCGCCAGCAUUUGCAGACGCUAAUGCUAGCUCAAUAUUUGUAAGAGUGACCAACACGGACUGAACGGCUUCGUUCACUUCCUCCACUGGCGUUGCUAAAACUACGAUUCUGAAACGGUGCGGAAAAUCGGCGUCGUCGUUCACAACCUCUCCUUCUGUUUGCCGAUAGAAAUUCUACUGGAGGAAUCCAGGCCAAUGGGAGAAAUCCCAGACACAGAAGUUAAGGGAGAUGAGAGUCGAGCAGAACUGCUGGUUCAUUAUACUGUCAGUGUUUCAAAUGAUCUUUCUGUUCCAAAGUGGGGAAAAAAAUUGGUCUGAAAGAAGCAAAGUAAAUCAUAAAGAGUCAUUUUGACUUGGGAUAUUUUUGUGUCAAAGCAAAGAGCUGUUAGUUAAGGUGAAGGUUAUAGGUGGUAGCUGAAGGUCACCAACCUGAUCGGAAAAUCUGACUAAACGAGAAGAGUGCAAUUUCUUUUCACAGUAACCAUGAAAUAUUACUAAACUAUCCGCUUCUUCUUUUCUUGUUACUGAUAAAACGCCCAAGCAAAAAAUACACACUACACUUUAUUUUUCUUUUGCCUCUCUUUUCGGUAAACUAUACGACUUCUAAAAAAGUCCCGCCGUCUAAUCAGAUUAGAAUUGUUUACAGGGGUGGAGGUGCCGUUGAGCAGGAUGUGCACCUGACAGAAAUAGUGGAGCACUUUCUGGUUUUUGCAAAAACACUCUGACCUUUUAUUAAACCGCACAAACAGGUGACCGGAGAAGGUGAGAACCCCUGCGCACGGAAAUGAAAGAACACGCCCAGCGCUUUGCAGAAAUAAUUCAAAUAAUAACACGAAUAAUAAAGAAAAGAGGCAGUCAUUAAUUGUUCCAUUUAUUAGUUCAGGAGAAAAAAAAACUAACAUUGUACCAAAGACUUUCAUGUUCUAUUGGGAUUGUGUUGUGACUGGUUAAAAAAAAGAAAGAGUUUUUAAAAAUGUCUGCAUUAGCACAAUUGACUGAGAAUCCGCUCCAGCUGUUGCUCCUGUUGCUGUUGUUGUGCAGAGACGUUUGCGGGUGGUGGGGGGUGGGGGGGCUCUGGUGUGCUUCCUGGUCGCUUUGCAUUAGACUGCAACAGCCGCAGACCACAAAUCCUACGUGAACCCACACAUGCUUUUCUUUUCGUCCUGUUUGUGACUCACUUCGAAUGCUCCUGUGAUUCUGAUGCAGAAGCUUGAGAGCGACCGGGCUCAGUUGGAUUGUUUGAAACCGUCGACUGUUGCUCGGCAGUAAAACAGGUGGGAGGACAUAAAUUGAGGAACUUGAAGAAGACGCCGAGCUGCUUCGCAGACAGGAUGAGAAGAACAACAGCUGGAAAGUGACUGAUGCCCUCAAGCCUUCUGGUCACACAUGUUGAAAGUCCAGCCAUCCCAGCAGUUCAUAUCUCAAAGACAAUAACUUGUGAAAAAAUGGCGACCACUAGGACAGGACUCUUUCUUUUCCUUGUACUUCGUAUCUGCAGUGCUAGAGCUGAUAAAUGCUCCAUCCUUCCUCCAAACAGUCUCACUUGCUACAAUGACUACAACGAUUCUAUGAACUGUGUGUGGGACAGCUCUCAUGUCCGCCAUCUUACAGACGAUGUGUGCACAAUACAUGCAGAAAAUCAUAUUGCCAACAGGCCCUACAAGGCUUUCUGUGAGCUAAAGUCCAUUGAUGCCUCAAACCCAGCUUUAAAAAGCUGCUCAAUGAAAUUCUCGAAGCCCUACAUUUUCAUGACAUUUCAUAACCUAUCCCUUACUGUGAGAUGCAUGCCGUCUGAACAUUGUGAAGCCAUUUACCAAACGCCAGCGCAUAACGUAAAGUUGAACCCACCAGGACAACCUAAUGUAAACCAGACCAUUGUGACCUGGACCUCUCAAGUUGAAGAACACACGAGAAUUACCACGUUCUACUCUCAGCUGCAGUGGAAGCAAAAGGAUAAGUCGUGGACUGAUCCAAACAUUCUGAGUAAAAACGUCCAGUGUUCAAGGAACUGCAAGGCUCAUCUGGAUCCCAGCUUGUUCACACGAGAUGAGACUUACGAAGCUCGUGCUCGCGUGCAGUUCCAGGAGCCAUUUUUAUUGGGAACCUGGAGUGACUGGGGCCCCACGAGGUCAUGGGUGUCACAAGUGGGAACAUCGAAACUGACCCCAGAGCCGGAUGUGGCCGUUUCCACCAGGGGCGUUUUGACCCUGGCAGGGUUGGGUCUUUUGCUCGCCGGCGUAGGCCUUUGUCUGCGCAAAAAACAACUGAUCUACGUUGUGGAAAGCUUUAAAGGCGGACGAAUACCGGACCCUGGGAAAUCUGAAAUCUUCCAGGACUGGUUUUCUCUGAACUCGAAAGGUCAAGAAGUUAUUCCUGCUUCAAUGCCCGAAAAAUCUGGAGUCCAAACGUGGCUAAGCUCCCACUUCACCGGGGAAUGCGUUCAGUCUUUCUUGAGCUCAGUGGAUAUUGUCUCCUACGAAGUAACCUCCACCGUGGACGCCAUGAAGUUCUGCAGACCAGAAGCAAAAGCGAUGCCAGAAGGCAACAGCUACGACUCCAGCUGCUCCAGCUUCUCCAACCCCAGCUACUCCGAGCUCUGCUCUUCUGACUGCGUGCCCGCCAAGAAGCUGCAGCCCUGCGCGCCCGACGCCCCUUACAAGCCGGCCGGCGGCCGAGGCGAAGAACGGGACGCCGAACGGGACAGCGAAGCCGAGGCGAAAAAAGAACUGGAAAUGGUCAAGUUGCUUUUUAUGGGCGAUGAUAAACAGAAGGCAGUGAUCAUUUCAGACUACGAGAAGGUAGGAAAGCAGCAGCUGCAGCAGCAGGCCGAGAGGCUCAGGCUCCACAGUGUAGAUUCGGGGAUGUGCAGCUGUGAAGAAGUCAGUCAGGAGAGCAUGGAAGGAGACAGCAUCAAUACGGCCGACGGACACGACGAAGGGACGAAGGAAGGAAAACAGGAAGACGAGAAAGAGGAGGGAGGGAACGCGACAAAACUAGAUUUCCAGAUGUUUGGCAGCAGUGGGAACAUUUUGGGCAAAAACUCUAUCCAGAUUUGUUUAGAUUACAAGCAAAUCCCGAGGCUCCGACCUGAAAGCCCCGCGCCUCCGUGCCAGGAUUCAGGCGUUAGCAUGAUAGCGGAGGAGAACGAGGAACAGGAAGGCGAUACAGAGGACGACGACAAACCCUCCGAAACAACCUGCUUCCUUUUCCCACCUCAUCCUCCCAGGGCCCUACCACAGCACCCUUUAAGCACCACUCUGAGUUCGUUUUUACCGCCUCUCCACGGUAACGACAUCCUGAAGCAGCUUGCUCUGUCAGGUAGCAUGCUGAGGCAGCCCUGCAGCGAUGGCUACAUGCCGGCGAAGCAGAGAGAGAGCUGAUAACGACAGCGGGUCUUAUGUCGCAGUGGUUACAGCACUCAUUGCUCCAGCAGAGGGCGGUGCUCUUAAUGAAUGUAUUUUCUCCGUUUUUUUACCAGCUUAUUUAUCAAUAUGAGAUACGAAGCACAACAUGAGACUUAAUCGACAUGCUAUUUGUAUGAAAAAUGCCUUUCCUUGUAACUAUGGAUACUGCUUUGUUGUGCGCCUGAAAAACCUACGUUACUAUGGGUGCACAAUAUUUUAUUACAUUAAAGCCACAGAACGUCACUUUUGAAAAGCAUUUUUUACACGUUUGCUAAAACUGCCGCUAUGUUAGGACAACAUGACAUAAAACAAUCGGUGGUCAAAUCGAGCUCCUCUGGUAGAAACUCUUCUUCGUAGCAGAAUGCUACUGGUUAGUUAGCAUGACCACCGAUGAUGGCGGACAAACAGUUUUUGUGUCACGAUGAGUUGUUUCUCCGCCAUUAGCACAUAUCACGAGAUUGAUUGACAACGCUAGGAACCUCCUCCUGGCUCUGAUUGGUUGGUUUACACAAAGAGCAGUGCAUUUUUUCUAGAUAAUUAAGAAUUUAUCUUUUUACAGAUUAUCUCUCAUACUAUACUGUCGCCACAUAGCAGCAGUUUUUACAAAUUUGGGGAAAGAAACUUUUUUUUUAACUGUGAAGGUAAAAAAAAACUGAAAUUGGUCCACUGGAUCAAUUAUGGUUUCUGUGCAAACCACAUUAUUAAAAGUACUAUAUCUUCAGUACAGUGGUCAUAGUGGGGGGCCAGGUCCAGUUCUGCUGGGGCUCUGGUACCUUUGUUCCCCCGUCUUGAGCCGCCCAUGAUGAGGUCAACUUCCCUUUACACAAGUCACAAAUGUAUUUUUAUUACAGCGGCUCUAUUGUGUAGUUUUGAAUAGCAUGCCUUUAUAGAUUUUUUACAAUUUUUUUACAAAGGAUAUUGUAACUUUUUCAGGAGAUCACUUUUCUUUUGUUCUUUCUUUCUUGCUUUUUUUUUGUUCUUGUCAAAAUGACCAGAAAUGCAUUUAUGUUAUAUAUGAUCUAACGCGAGUAAAACUUUAAACAUCUUCUCAGGAUGUCCUGCUUACUUGUUUAUCUAAGCAACAUUUAAUAACAUAAUUCCUACGUGCAACAAUGUCUCUGUUUCACAUGUGAAUGGCAGCUUCAUGACGUCUGAUGAGUGAAAAAAUAUUUUUGAACAUUCAUGACGGCUUUUUUAAAAAAAAAUAAACUAUUUACUUAUUAAGAUCUGAGUUUGGUAAAAGUGACGGAAAUUGUUUUAUCUGAUAAUGACACCCACACUGAUCAGAUGACAUAUUGGCAGCUGAUAUAUUUUCCAAUACUUGACCUUAUUUAUUUGCUAUCCAGACGUAGUUGUGCUAUUUUUGACAUUAACGUACAUUAAAAUGCAUUUUAAUAUAUGUAUUAAAAUAAAAACACAAAAGAGUU